GCAAAGAGAGAGAGAGAGAGAGAGAGAGAGAGAGAAAGAAUGUUAGUGCAAAAGAGAGAGAGCGUGAAGGGGAGAGACUCAAGUUUUCAUCUGGCAGUCAUCUAUUUUAGGUUGACACAGUGCAUAUUUCAUAGCGGAGCUGCACACACAUACACACGGACACAAGAGUCAAAUAUUCUGGAAUGAUCUCCAUCAUCACCACCACCACAAUGAGGCACGUCAAGAGGCCAAAUCGGGGAAUUUUUUCCAAACGUCAGGAGAGAUUGCUGCUCUUCUUCUGUCUUUGUGUUCCCACGAUGGAAGCCAUUCAUCCGGACUGCGCCGUCAUUGCUCAGCACCUGAGGGCCCGAGAGACCUGCAGCCAGGCGAGGACGAGAGAAGUUCAGAACCGGACGGCGCGCGGCGGAUGCCAGACGGAGUGGGACGAGAUCGGAUGCUGGCUGAGAGCCGAUGCGGGUCAGGUGGUCAACGUGUCGUGCUCUGACGUCUUUCAGCAUUUCUCCAGCGGUCAAGGCUUCGUUUACAGGAACUGUACAGCGGACGGCUGGUCGGACAUUUAUCCGCCCUACGAGGACGUGUGUGCUUUCAGUGACGACGGCGGGCCUGAAUCCGAGACCAGUUACCUGUCCACCUUCAGACAGGUGUACACUGUGGGCUACGCCACCUCGCUCAUCUCCCUCAUAACGGCCAUAGUGGUGUUCACCGCAUUCAGGAAGUUCCACUGCACCAGGAACUACAUCCACGUCAACCUGUUCUCCUCGUUCGUCCUGAGGGCCAGCGCCGUCUUCGUCAAAGACACGGUGCUGUUCGCCGACGAGACGCUGGACCACUGCUCCGUGUCCACGACGGCGUGCAAGUCGGCCGUGGCGUUCUUCCAGUUCAGCAUCCUGGCCAAUUACUUUUGGCUGCUGGUGGAGGGCAUGUAUCUGCAGACGCUGCUGGCGCUCACCUUUGUCUCCCAGAGGAAGUACUUCUGGUGGUACAUCCUGACUGGAUGGGGUGAGUUUCUCCUUAUUUUGUCCGCCAUGUUGGGGAAGGACGAAGCAGGAACUAGCGGGGGACCGCGUGUGUUUUUCAAAGUUCGGCCCAUUAAAGUCAAAGUAAGGAGCCGUCGACUCGGAGCGACUUUGUGGCUCCCGUCGACGAUUCUCGUCCUUUGGGUGCUGACCAGAUUCUUCUAUGAUGACAGAGGUUGCUGGGAUGACACGGACAAUGUUGGCAUUUGGUGGAUUAUUAAAGGCCCAAUAACAGCGUCGUUGCUGGUAAACAUCGUCAUCUUCGUCAACGUGAUCCGCAUCCUGGUCCAGAAGCUCAAAUCUUCCGCCAUGUCCGGGAACAACGAUCCUGGACAUUUUAUGCUGGCCAAAUCCACGCUCUUCCUCAUCCCUCUGUUCGGGAUGCACUACACCGUGUUCGCCUUUCUGCCCGAGAACACGGGCGUGGCGGCCCGGCUCUACAUCGAGCUGGGCCUGGGAUCCUUCCAGGGCUUCGUGGUGGCUCUGCUUUACUGCUUCAUGAACGGAGAGGUGCAGGCGGAACUGCGGAGGCGGCUGUGGAAGUGUCACAACCGAAGUCGGCGAACGCCCGCCAAACGAAGCCUCAGUCAGUUUAGUGUCGGCCCACGCGGGGGGCUGCGACGGCCCCCCUCCUCCGGCAACAUCUCGACCGUAUGACCGUAAGGAAACGCUGAACGGACAUUUCAUUGCACGCGUGCGGGACAUUACUGCUCACCACCAUUUUGGCUUGAGAUAACAUGAUGGUGGAUUGUUUGGGAUUGUUUUGUGCUGCUCUGAGCCUUUGGAACACUUCCAGUGCGUGUCAAAAAUGUUUACCAGUAUGUUGGUUUAGGCUUUAUAUGUAUUACAUUUUGUGUAAUUUUUGGACCCAAAAGGCAUUUUUAUGUUGGACCUUUUUGAGGUUUUUUUGCAUCAAAAUUAAAUAAUUUUAAAAGCCAA